UGGACUCGCCCGUGGAGUCUUUAGAAGGGGACGUUGAAGAAGCGUGGAAUAUUGGUCUCCCCGUAUUUGAAUCGUCUGUGUGUCACAAUGUCACAGUGAAGCUGAACGCUAGUGGGCAGAGUAGACAGGUGUCAGAGGAGGUGAAGGGCGGUCACACGUGUCUGGUCACCCUUAGUGGAGAUGAAUCCACUUUGGACACCAGUUAUGAAACGAUGUUGCCUCUCCAAGUGCAGGUGAAGUCCGUUAUAGUGGCUCCCAGGCAGCAACCCUCCAGCAGUAAACCAGCAGCACAUCCUCUGCCAGGGCUCGAUGCUGCCAAAGGUGACAGCAGGGCCAGGAGUCAAAGGCCGGUGGUCCUCGACAGGGAGGUGGAGCGGGACAAAAGGCUGUAUCUCCAGUCGGUCACCAGACACCUGAAUGGAGCAGCUCAAGAUGUCAUGACUGAGCUGCUGAAACUGAUGAGCCAUGUGGCGGACCAGACACCAGCCAGUUAUGGCAAACAGUGGCAGCACCCCUCUGACCUCACCCGCAGGAACUAUCAACAGCGGUUUCAAAACAUCCUGCCAAAAGUGGCCCUGCAUGAAUGGCAUGCUAAGAAUGGAGCAACUCACAAGCGCUUUGCCAGAGUCCCAAAAAUUUUUGAAAGGAGUCAGUUUCCCUAAAUUGGAUUGUCGACAAUCUCAUUGUGAACAAAUUGCACUAUACGUCUAAAUGUAAUUCUAAAACUAAUUUAAUUUUUCUUUCUUUCUUUCUUGAAUUUUGGUGUGUAUUUUUGGUUUGUCAGUUUUGAGUCUUGCUCUAUAUUUUUCUUUCAACUAUGCAUGUCCCUGUAUUUGAAACUUAACGCAUGUUUUAAGUGGUUUUGGUGUUCUAGAAAUUAUGCUAGGAAUAAGCACUUACAGGUUUCAAGCACCUUAGAUGCCUUGUCUUUUUACUAUGUUUGAAACUGUGCCUGUUUUAAUGUGUGUUUAAGUGUGUUUUGUACUUCAGCCGUGUGGAGUUUUGUACUUUUUGUUGUUUCGAGUACAAAGGUAUUCAACGUUUAUGUUAAUGUUUAUUUACUCAGGACAUUAUUUGAACCACUAGGCCUGUACUGUAGUUUGUUAUUGUCCCUGGAUCACUCUGAGAAUGAGCAGCUAGCAGAAGGAAAACAUUGCACAGAUUUAGCAGGCAUAUUGGAGUGCUGCUGGAGUGAAUGUUCCUGUUAACUUUUCCCACCCUUGUGCAUCGAGACUGUUGUUUGGGUUGGAGGGUGAAAAGGUUCAUUUUAAGGUAUAGUGCAUGUCAAAAGAGAGUAAUGUAUUAUGCAAGCCUGGAAAUGUUUAUGAAGAGGUUGUAGUCCAGCCCUGCAUACAAACCUCCAGAGAUUUAUGUGAACUGCCAUCCCUGAACAUUCAAAGUGAUAUAAAAAGUAAUUCAAUAUUUGUGACUCAACAGUCAAAAGAACUGAGCAUUUCUAAUGUAAUUUAAUAGAUUUUAUAUGGGGACAGACAGAAAUGGUUAAGUUUUGUGUUCCAUAUGUUGGCGUGGAGUUAGCUAGAAGUGAUUUAUUCAGGUCAGUUCACCCACAUCAUAUAAACAUUUUUCAACCAUACCUUAAGUUGUAACAGGGAAUCUGAAUUAGACCUCUGAGCAUUUUAAGUACUACUGGAAUAAAAUUCCAGUCCACAACAAGAUCUGUGAAUUAUACUUAAUAACCCAAAAAACCCACUUUUCAUUUUAUCAAAAUGAAUUUUGUUUACCACAAACAAAUGUUCUUUGUACCUCUUUUCUGAGGGGUCAGCAGAGAGUGAGUCAGUGGUGGAUUUUUCAAACAAAAUAACAAUAACCCAAACACUAGCACUCGGGGUUAAAUGGUCAAAUGUUUUCUGUGAUUUGUGAGAACUGACCCUUUAAUUGUAAAGCAGCAGUGGCCGCAGUUUACUUUGAGCUGCUUGGAGGAUUCUCUGCACUGUGGUUUCAUUUAAACCCUGUAACACUGUGAAAAAAGUAAAAAGUACCACAGGCGCUGAUUGGAGAACUCGGCCCCCUAGAGUCAGAGCAGGGCUGUGUUUGUUUGGGGGCGAGACACUGCUGCUGAUGAAGUACUUACAAUAAAACCUAGCCUGUUCAACUUGCA